AUGGAGCAGGGUGGCUCUCCUGUGGUCUGCCUCACACUGUGUUGUCAGGGCCCGAGACCAGAUGUUCCAGAGAAAGACGAUCAAGUGCAGCAUUUACUUCCCAGCCCCGGGAUUAGCCUCCCGUCCUCCGCACCCCCCUGGCCUCGCCUCCCAGGGAGUUUCUCUGACGGCCGAUCGCCGCCAGCCCCAGCUGUGGGAACCGACGAUGCACAGACCUCCCAGACGCAGAAAGCGCAGCUCCCGGGACGUGCAGGGUUUGGAGCAGUCGUGACGUGCUGGCGCUCGGUGGCCCGGGCUAAGCUCUCCCAGCCCCUCUGCCUCCCGCGCGUCCUCCCGCCUAGCGCCGCCGCUCUCUCAGCGCCCCGCCCGCGCCCGCGCCAGGCUGAGCUCCUGGAGGCGCCGCGGCCGCGCUGCGCGCGUGGAGCCCCGGGCGGCCGCCGGGCGCACCGCGCUGGACGCGCGCGCCACGAGCACGCGGGGCCCGGAGCGCGCCUCGGGACCGCGCUCCCCCUCCCUCACGCGCCCGAGGAGACCGAGCGCCGCGCGCACACCCGAUACAGAGCUUUACUAUCUCGCGCCCUCCCGCGCCUCCCUCCUCGCUGGGCAUUCAAACAGCUUUCCGACAUCACCAGCCAAGGAUUUUUUCCCCUCUCCUUAGUCGCCGUCCGUCCAUCAGUACCUGCGGGGCGGGGGGAACGGGAGGAGGAGGCGGGAGGAGAGCGGAAAGAGAAAGCAUAAGCUUGAGCCUUCCGAGCCGACCACGAACAC